AUGAACAACCCUCCGUACCAGCCGUACGGCGGUCCUCCGCAGCAGCAUCAGCAGCAGCCCCCGCAGUCGCAGCCGCCGCCGCCGCGCGCCAAUGCGUUCCGUCCCUUCAACCCGGCGCAGGUGAACGCGCCGCUCUCGGGCAGCGGCGGCCCCGCCUUCGCGCGCAGUGCCAGCAGCGGCCCGCCCUCCGCCGGCAGCCUCAACGCGCCGCCCCAGCAGCAGCAGCAGAUGGGCGGUGCAGCUCCGCGUGGCUUCGCGCCGCCGAACCGCAGCUACUCGGGUCCGGCCAGCCAGCCCACGGCGCCGCCCCCGCAGCAGUUCGGCGGCCACCAGGCGCCCAUGAGCGGCGGCGGAGGCUACGGACCCCCCAGAGGCGGACUCCCGAACGCCCAGCCGCAAAUGAUGCGCGGCUCGCCGCCCGCCGCCGGUGCCGCGCCCCCCAUGGGACAAGGAAUGCGCAGCGCUGGACCCCCGCCGCCGAUGAACCAGGGACCCCCCAACGGCCAGAACGGACUCACGCAGCAGUUCGCCAACAUGGGACUCAAUGGACCUCCGGGUCCGGGAGCUGCGGGCCCACCGAGAGGCCCGCCGCCGAUGGGGGGAGCGCCGCCUCCGCCUAUGGGAGGAGCGAUGGCACCCCCUGGCGCCCCGCAGGCCAUGCACCAGCAGCCCCCGCAGCAGCCGAUGAUGAAUCAGCAACCCCCGCAGAAGGCGUACAACAACAACCUGCCGAGCGGCAACUUCCAGCAGCCGAACGACAUGAUGGGCGUAGAUGGAUAUGGAGGUCAGCCGGGGUUCCAGGGGCAACAGGCGCAGCAGGCGUCGCCGUUGACGGAGGAGAUGAUGGCGUCGCAGUGCGACCCGCGAUACAUGCGACUUACGGUGGGCGUCCUGCCGCACUCGCUGGAGCACGCGAACAAAUCGAAGCUCACGUACGGACUUAUUAUUCGACCGUUGGCGCCACCCGACGAGGGAAAAGACCUGGAUGUGGUCAACUUUGGACCCACGGGCGUUGUGCGCUGCCGUCACUGCCGUACAUACAUUAACCCGUUCGUGCAGUGGGUGGAUAACGGACGUCGCUGGAGGUGCAAUCUCUGUGGCGUGUCCAAUGACGUCGCCAGCUCCUACUUCUGUCAUCUGGGAGUGAACCAGCAGCGUCAGGACCGCGACGAACGCCCGGAACUCAACUCAGGCAGUGUGGAGAUCGUUGCGCCUUCGGAGUACAUGAUGCGCCCGCCUCAGCCUCCGUGCUACAUGUUUGUGAUUGACGUUUCGGCUACCGCUGUGGCUUCCGGUUCCGUGCAAAUCGCUGUUGAUACGAUCAGGGAGCAGCUUGACAACCUUCCUGGCGCCCCGCGUACGCGGGUCGGCUUUCUGACGUACGACAGCACCAUUCACUUCUACAACUUGAAGUCAACGUUGAAGGCUCCGCAAAUGAUGGUGGUGGCUGACUUGGACGAGCUCUUCAUUCCUAUUCCGGAUGAACUGCUUGUGAACUUGAGCGACUCCCGUGAGGUCGUUGAAAUGCUGCUGGAGACGCUCCCUGCAAUCCACCAGAAUGCGCGCUCGGCUGAGACUGCUCUGGGCCCUGCUAUCCGUGUCGCUUUCAAGCUCAUGUCAUCGAUCGGCGGUAAGAUGCUCGUGUUCCAGAACUCGUUGCCUUCGACUGGAAAUGGUGCGCUCCGAAACCGCGACAACCCGCGCUUAUACGGAACGGACAAGGAGCACACCCUGCUUCAACCUGUGGAUACGUUCUAUCGUACAAACGCCAUUGACUUUUGCCGUCAGCAAGUCAGCGUUGACCAGUUCCUGUUUUCUUCUAUGUACACUGAUAUUGCCUCGAUGGGCUCCCUCUCGAAGUACUCAGCAGGUCAAGUUUACUAUUACCCGGCUUUCAACGCUGAGCGGGACGGCGAGAAGUUCCGUAAAGAGCUGGCACACUGCCUCGUUCGCGAAACGUCUUGGGAGGCUGUCAUGCGUGUGCGCUGCACGAAGGGCAUGCGCCUCACUAACUUCUACGGAAAUUUUUUCUUGCGUGGGCCGGAUCUACUGGCGCUACCGACGUGCAACGCCGACUCGACGUUUGCCAUUGAGAUUACCCACAGCGACGCUCUGUUGACGUCCUCGACGAUCUCCGUGCAGGCCGGAUUGCUGUAUACAAACUCGGGCGGCGAGCGACGUAUCCGUGUGCACACUGUGUGCAUCCCUGUUACCAAACUGUUUGCGGAGCUCUUCCGCCAGGUUGACCAGGAUGCUCUCUGCAACAUCAUGGCAAAGAACGCGCUCGAGGUUGCGCUCAAGACUGGUUUGGACAGUGGUCGCUCGCGACUGCAGACACAAUGCGCCGAUAUUGUGCGUGCAUACCGGAACUCGGGCGCCUAUGGGGCGAAGCAGCCCUCUGGCUACCAGCUUCACCUCCCGGAGUCGCUGCAGCUUCUGCCUCUGUACAUCAUGUCUCUAUUGAAAAACUCGACCCUGCGCGGUGGCACCGACCUGAAUGUGGACGAGCGCACGUUCCUGCAGUAUGAGUUGAACAACAUGCCAGUCGAGCUGUCGCGGGUGUUUAUCUACCCGCGGAUGUUUGCUCUGCACAACAUGCCCCCGGAGGCUGGACUGCCCGCCGAAGACGAGGCCGGCGCUGAGGGUGCGGAGGGCAGCAAAUCUGUUGUGCUCCCUCCAGUGAUCAACCUGUCGAUCGAGCGCCUGCAGUGCGACGGCGUGUUCCUGCUGGACGACGCAUUGAACCUGUACCUGUGGGUGGGCCGUUCGGCACCGCCUGAGCUUCUGCAAAGUCUCUUUGGCGUUCCUUCCAUGGAGGGCGUGGACUGCAGCCAGCUGAAACUUCUGGCCCCUCACGACGACACAAGCAACCGUGUGGACGCGAUCCUGUCGGCGAUCCGCGCGGAGAGAUUGCCGUACCAGAACGUGGUGAUCAUGCGGGAGGGCGACCCGGCCGAGGGCCGCUUCUUCUGGAAGCUAGUAGAAGACCGGGCCAGCUUCCCUGGCGGCUCGUACUCAUACUCGGAGUACCUGGGCCAGAUCAGCCGCAUGAGCCUCUCGGGCGGCACCGGCGGAAGAUAG